UCGAAAUGGCAACAUGGAGCAAAAAAGUGCUAGUAGGAUAUAUAAAACCCUAACUGAGGAUCGAGCUAAGACGGUGAAGAAAAAUGUCAAGGAUUUCUAGUGUUGUAAAUUAUAAUCAUCCUCUGUAUUUCAACACACAUCAUCUUCCCAAGCCUCUCAAUCUCAAUCGCACCGGUCUCUCUUUCAAACGCACUUAUCCAGCUUGGCAUCAUCUUAUCAAUUCAUCCCUAAAGUCAACAACUUCAGAGGAAGCUUCUAGUGGGGAAACCCAGUAUGUUAAAGAAGAAACUGAUGGUGUAGUGAUGAUCGAGGAUGUUGAGAGGGAUGAGCAGAAAGAGUCAUAUGGAGCUGGGUAUGUUCGAACUUUUGAAAACGAGUCGGAUGGAGCUCAAGUGCCUAGCGAAGAAUUUUUCAAGGAUGAGCAGUUUCAGCCAUUUGACAUUUUAGAUAAGCUUGACCUCGGGUUAGAGUUGGAUAGUCCAUAUCCACUGCUGGUAUAUGGCGUCGGUAGCCUAAUCACACUCUGGCUUACCUCUGCUGUUGUUGUAUCCAUUGAUUCUAUUCCUGUGUUUCCUAAGUUGAUGGAAGUUAUAGGUCUUGGGUACUCGCUCUGGUUUGCAACCCGUUACUUACUCUUUAAGAAAAACAGAGAUGAAUUGGUUGCAAAAUUUGAAGAGAUAAAGCAAGAGGUUUUAGGUUCAAUUGACGAUUAAAUUGUGUUGCGAGUGCAUGUUUAAGUUUUAGAAUUUUGAUGGUACCAUCUUAGCUAGGUAUGAUAUGAGGUCAUUAGUCAAAUAUUUCAGAGUUUCUGUAGCCAGUUCUAUGCAUGAUCAGACUGAGGAAGAUACAUUUAGCGCUUUGUUUAGCCCAUGAACAAACGAGUUUUGCUCAAUGUUUGAAGUUACUUUGACGUUCAUUGUUCUGUGAGGAUAAUUUAUUUCGUUGUCCAGGUUGUGGUA